AUGGCCCAGGAGCUUGGCAUUAUCAAAAAUCGAAUAGUAUUUUUAGUUAAUAAAGAAAUUUCUCAAUGGAUAUUAAAUCCAUUAAAACGAUUUAAUAAACUUCAAUUUAGUUUAAUCGGUGAAGCAUUUUAUUUAGAUCGAUCAACAUGGAUUGAUGCUACUUUUAAAUCUUCAUUUAUUUCAACAAGUUUACAAUUUAGUUUAAAUAUUAGUUGUUUUGAAAAUGAUCCGACUGUGGACAGAAAAUUUUACAAUUAUUGA